AUGAUAAACUGGACUGAAAAUUCUCUCCAUUCAAAUUCAUCAAAUAAUUUUAGAAAUUCUACAAAUGAACGUCUUAAAAUAGCACAAGACGUUCUAGUAAUUACUUUCAUGGCAUUGCUUAUGAUUGCAAUGGGUGCGAAUAUCUGCUGGAAACAGAUUUGGAUGCACGUUCGAAAGCCAUUUGGACCAAUAAUAGGUCUACUAUGUCAAUUUGUGAUGGUACCAUUGGUCGGUUUCAUAUAUAAUAAGAUAUUCAAAUUUGAACCUGAAAAAUCAGCGGCAAUACUUAUUAUGUCGUGUUGCCCUGGAGGUGCUAUGUCUAAUGGUUUUGUUUAUUAUGUAAACGGUGACGUUUCUUUAAGUGUUGCUAUUGUUGCAAUAUCUACCAUUUUACUAUUUGUCAUGAUGCCCCUUAAUCUUUGGAUAUACGCAAUCAGAACAGAAUCUAAUGCGUUAAUUAUACCAUACAAGAGUAUAGUUAUAUCAUUGAUAAUCAUUACCUUGCCUGUACUGAUAGGUAUGGUUUUAUCUACCAUUUUAGCAUUAGGCAUGAUGCCUCUUAAUGUUUGGAUAUAUGGAAUCAGGAUAGAAUCUAAUGCUUUAAUUAUACCUUAUAAUAAUAUUGCUUUAUCAUUGAUAAUCGUCACCUCUCCAGUGUUGGUAGGUAUGGCAAUUAAAUGGAAAGUUCCGAAAGUAUCUGUCUAUGUUACUAAGGGAGGAAGUGCUAUAGGUUUUGCACUUAUUAUAGUUGUAUUAACAAUAGAUUUUGUCGUGUAUCAAGAGUUUUUAUGUCAUAUAUCAUGGAGACUUAUUGUAACAUGUAUAAUUAUGCCUAUAACCGGGAUUCUAUUGGGAUAUUUCAUAGCUUUUAUUUGUAGAAGAUCAAAUGCCAUUUGUAAAACCAUAGCGAUUGAAAGCGGAAUACAAAAUGCGGCUGUAGUGUUUAGUGUUAUUAUUUUAUCUUUUGAUAUGAAGAAAUAUUUUACAGUUCUUUUAAUUCCAUUGUUUUAUGCAACGUUUCAAUUUGUUAUAUUUUCUGUCUUUUGUUUCUCUUAUAACAUUUAUGUUAAGUGUAAAAAGAAAAACGAAGCGGUUCAGAACACGGAAAACAACUUAAUCUGAAAAAGUGAUUUUAUUUGGAAAAAUAUGUUUAAAUUUUGUUUUUUAUUUUAAA